AUGCUACGAAAGCACGGCGUUCACCAAAGGUUCAGCCUUACCUAUCAUCCACAAACAAGUGGACAAGCGGAAGUGUCCAACCGUCAAAUCAAUUUAAUCCUUGAGAAGACGGUUGCAAGAAAUAGGAAGGAUUGGUCAGAAAAACUUGAUGAUGCCCUAUGGGCACAUAGAAAGAACAAAAUCCCUAUCGGCACAACUCCAUAUCGUGUAGUGUAUGGAAAAUCUUGUCAUCUUCCGGUGGAACUUGAACGCCGAACUCAAUGGGCAAUCAAGGAGAUUAACUUUUACUUGGCUAGUGCAGGAGAGAAAAGAUGGCUUGAUUUACAUGAGCUUGAAGAGCUAAGAUGGGAGGCCUAUAAGUGUGCUAGCAACUACAAGAAUUGCACAAAGGAUUUCCACGACCAUAAUAUUGAAAAUAAAUCAUUUCUUAAAAGAGAUAAGGUACUACUCUACAACUCUAGGAUGAAAUUGUUUCUCGAGAAACUUUCAUUAAGGUGGAGUGUUCCUUUUGUUGUCAAAGAGGUGUUUCCUCAUGGAGCCAUGGAAGUUUGGAAUUUGGAUGGAAUGAGACCUUUUAAGGAACUUGGAGUUAAAGGAAGCAAAGAAAAGAAACAAAAAAGUUGUCAGCAACUAGGGCGAGCGCUCCAGGCAGUAUGCACGCCCGCUCCUAGCUCAAUGAAGAAAUCAGAAGUCUUCAUGGCAGUGCAGAGCGGGUACUCCUCCCAAAUGCAACCCACUCCUAAGCUCCGUACAAAACCAGUGGUUUAG